AUGGUAGACCAGCCACUUCCAGCGCAUCAGCCCCUGCUGGCCUCGCCAAACCAACACCAGAAUUACGGAAGCCAUGUCAACAGUCAGCAUAGCCAAGGCCAAGGCCACGGAACGACCGUCGUGCACUUCUCCCAUGAGGAUCCAGAGGACCCGAGGAACUGGCCACGAUGGAAGAAAUGGCUCAUGAUUGGACCGAUCUUGCUCAUCGACCUGUCAGUCAGCUGGGGUGCGUCCGGCUUCUCUCCUGCGAGCAAAAAGUUUGCCGAGGAUUUUGGACUGCACUCGGGUCUGGGAACACUGGGACUGUCUGCCUACGUGCUGGGACUGGCGUUUGGCCCCAUGACAUUGGCACCUCUUUCUGAGUACUACGGAAGGCGCCCAGUCUACAUUUACUCUUACUUCGUUUACCUGUGCCUACUUGCUGCAUCAGCAGUGGCCCCCAAUCUUGCCGUGUUCCUGCCAGUGAGGCUGCUGUCGGGUUACUUUGCUUCUGUGACCAUCGCAAACUUUGGUGGAACCAUUGCAGAUCUCUAUCACCCGCAUGAUACCGGGCCGGCCAUGUCCCUUUACCUCUGGGCAGCUACUUGUGGAUCACCGUCUGGGUUCUUCAUGAUGUCGUUUGUGGCUCAGCACAGAGGCUGGCGCGAUGUGUUCUGGGCCUUGCUUGCGAUCUGUGGGAGCCUAUGGGUUAUCAUGACCGCCUCACUGAUGUACUGCGGCGAGACCCGGCACAGCAUCCUUCUCGCUAGGCGAGUUGAGCAUGAACGCAAGCUUCAUAACGGCGAGGACGACAUCGAUAUUCCUGAAAACAUGAGGCAAAGGAGCGCCAAAGAUCUCUUUGCUGUCACGCUUGCUAGGCCGUUCAGGUUCCUCGGUACCGAGCUCAUCAUAGUAUGCGCUGCUCUUUACAAUGGGUAUCUCUACGGGUUGAGCUUUCUCUUCAACACUGCAUUCGCCCUUGUCUUUGGUCAGGGUCAUGGCUUCGAUACAAUCGGUGUGGGUGUGUGCUUCCUUGGCCUGGUUGUGGGCAUCAGCCUCGGCCCAGUCGCAAAUAUUUGGCAGGAGAAACACUACCAGAAACUCGUUGACGAGUCCGGUGGCAAGAACGUUCCAGAAGCGCGAGUUGGGCCACUUCCCAAAAUCGCUGCCGUGUUGUUCCCGGUGUCUUUACUUCUCUUCGCUCUGACCACCAGCCCUAAUACUCAUCCCAUACUUCCCGUCCUAGCGUCGACUCUAUGGGGCUUUAGCUUUUACACCCUGAUUUUGAUGACAUUCACAUACACGGAAGACUCAUACAAGGUCUAUUCAGCUUCUGCGCUAGCUGGUAUCGGCCUUAUUCGAAACCUUUUCGGCGCGGCAUUCCCACUUUUCGCACAUAGCCUCUUCACCAAGUUGGGCUACCAAUGGGCAGGAACGCUUCUUGCUGGCCUUGCCGUUGUACUUGUUCCGAUCCCUUUCGUUUGGAGUCGACACGGCCGACUUUUGCGAGAGAGAAGUCCAUGGGCUCGAGAGCACAUGGAUGACUUGGACGGCGAUGAGGAAGAUGAGCAAGCCGGGUCUUGA